AUGUCUAUCGUCGGACUCGGCGGGACAGGCAAGACGCAGGUGGCGCUGCAGUUUGCGUAUGAAGUCAAGGAAGCACAGCCAGAGUGGUCGAUCCUCUGGAUGCCAGCGCUGAGCAUGGAGAGCUUCGAGCAGGCGUGUACAGAGAUUGUGCAUGCACUACACAUACCGCAAGCAGCAGAUGAAAAGGACGGAAAAGAGCUAGUGAAGGCAUGGCUGAGUUCAGGCGAUGCAGGGCGGUGGCUGCUAGUAGUCGAUAAUGCCGAUGAUGCAGACAUCUUCUUUGGGGUCGGACAGCGGAGGGGCAUCUUUGACUACCUGCCAAAGAGCGAGCAGGGGAUAGUAAUAUAUACUACGCGUACCAUGGAAGUAGCAGUGUCGCUGACACAGGGCGAUGUCCUGGAGCUCGGAGCGAUGAACUGGCAGGACGCAAGAGAGUUUCUUUCGAACUCGCUGGUUCGCAAAGCACUUCUCCGCGAUACCGCAAUGACAGACACUCUGCUAGACGAGUUAACAUGCUUGCCACUGGCAAUCACGCAGGCAGCCGCCUAUAUAAACAGAAACCGUAUAUCUAUCCUGAAGUACCUGCAGCUACUCCGCAGCACGGAUCAGGGCCUCAUCAGCCUUAUGAGUAGAGAGUUCCGCGAUGACACAAGGUAUAAGGGCUCAUCGAAUGCAGUAGCGACAACAUGGGUGGUGUCGUUUAGCCAGAUCCGCAAGCAUGAUGCAGUAGCGGCAGAGCUGCUAGCGUUUAUGUCGUGCAUAGAGUGGAAGGCUAUACCGCGCUCACUACUUCCAAGUAUGCAUUCAGAAACUCGGAUGGAGGAGGCGGUUGGCACGCUGUGCGGGUACUCCUUUCUGGCAAGACGAGACAGCGAGGAAUGGUUUGAUAUGCACCGAGUUGUACACCUAGCGAUGCGGAUCUGGAUUAAGAAAGACGGCCACGCGGCUGAAGUGGUGGAAAACGCCGUGUGGCAUGUCGCAAGAGUCUUCCCGUCCGAUAACCAUGCGAACUUGCGAGUAUGGCAAGCGUAUCUGCCACAUGCGCUACGGCUUCUAGAGGCCGAGCAGGACUGCGAUGUUAAGAGGAAGUCGGAGCUGUGCUUUUGGGUCGGGAGAUGCUUGCAUGCUGAUGGGAGGAUGCGAGAAGCGAUGACCUCAUUGGCGAAGGAUGAUCCGGACCUACUGUCUGCCCAGCAUACACUCGCAGUAGCAUACCAAGGAAAUGGACAGGUGAAGAAAGCGGUAGAGUUGCUGGAGGUUGUCGUAGAUGUGAGAAACAAGGUGCUGAAGGCAGACGAUUCCAACCGACUGGCGUCGCAACACGCGCUCGGAACGGCCUAUGAAGCAGAUGGACAGGUGAAGAAGGCUGUAGGGCUGCUGGAGAGCGUGGUCAAAGCCAAAGAGAUGCUAAAUGCAGAUAAUCCCUCGCGACUGUCGUCGCAGCACGUGCUCGCAAUGGCAUACCGAGCAGACGGGCAGGUGAAGAAGGCGGUCGAACUGCUGGAGGAUAUUGUGGAAGUGAGACAUAAGAUGCUGGGGGCAGACCAUCCCCAUCGACUGGCGUCGCAGCACCAGCUCGCAGCGGCGUACCAAGCAGAUGGCCAGGAGGAAAAGGCAAUAGAGCUACUGGAGAGUGUGGUGAAGACUAAAACUCGCAUUCUUAGAACAGACCAUCCUUCGCUGUUGUUGUCUGUCGAGGCUCUGGCUGACAUGCAUGCCAAGCUAGCUCCACCUUAUCAAGCGUAG